AUGAUAUUUAGGGUAAUCGACGACGACAAAAAAUUUGCUGUUUCACUCGAUGUUUCACAGUUCCGCCCUGAAGAUUUGAAGGUGCACCUCGAUGGCAGGGAACUUACUGUAGAAGGAAAGCAGAAGCACAAAGGUGAACACAGCUUCAUUCACAGAUCGUUCAUUCGCAAAUGGACUCUUCCGGAAACCGUAGAUCUGGAAUCCGUGCGUACGCAGCUCAGCGACAAGGGACGCCUCUGCGUUGAAGCUCCCAAGGCAGAUCAGGAAAGACCAAAUAGGAGAAACAUCCGAUUAUGGCUGCUCCAUCGAAGAACUAGAUGUGCUCCAAUUGAAGCUUUGCAAUAG